AUGUCAUUCCGCAAACGAAACAUAGGUCUGUCACCAGGAGCCGAUCGGGUAGCGGCAGCAAAUGCUCCUGCGCAACCGCAUCCUCCUGCCCUCGUUCCAGAGUCGACUCCCGGCGUUCGUCCGUCGCCCGAUGAUGGUCGGCCUACAACCUCCACAGGAACUCUUUCCCUCGACAACCUCUUGGCCGGACAUGCUGGACUUCCCCUGGGGAAGAUGCUGUUGAUUGAAGAGAACGGAACUACAGAUUUUACCGGGACGUUAUUGAGGUACUAUGCCGCUGAGGGCGUGGUGCAGGAUCAGAAGGUUCAUGUCGUUGGGAUGCCCGAACAGUGGGGGAAAAGCCUCCCUGGGCUGAUAGGACCUGCAGACACUCGAGAUGAAAAGUCUGAGAGGCGGAAGGAUGAGCGCAUGAAGAUUGCGUGGCGGUAUGAACGCCUGGGAGAGUUUGGAACGGGUAUUGCAGGUUCAAGAACUCCCGUAGCCUCAGGUGAUCCGAGUAAGUCUACAGCAGACAGCAGCCCGGACAGACAACCAGCGUUCUGCCAUUCCUUCGACCUCACAAAGCGUCUUGCCCAUCCCUCAAUUUCCAGCAUGACAUUCAUACCUGUCGUGCCCUCGAGAGAAUCACCAUUUCUCCUAAUCCAUCAGCGACUUUUGUCUGCUAUUAAUUCAAGUCCUCCUAACACGGUCCAUCGCAUUGUGAUACCUUCCCUGCUUAACCCCACAAUAUACCCACCAGAAUCCAGUCAACCCGAAUAUGUCCUGCAGUUCCUUCAUUCCCUCAGGGCCCUUAUGGCCGCAUAUGCUACGCGAGUCACGGCAAUAAUCACGUUGCCCCUAUCUCUUUUCCCUCGAUCGUCGGGUCUUGUGCGGUGGAUGGAAAUCAUCUGCGAUGGGGUUCUCGAGCUUUGUCCCUUCCCACACUCUUCAGACGCCAUUGCAACCUCGGGGGCCGCAACAUCUCAGGAGGAACCGCCACAGGGCAUGUUAAAGAUCCAUCGGCUACCAGUGCUCCACGAACGGGGUGGUGGGAAUGUAGAACACACUGGACAGGACUGGGCAUUCACGCUAAGCAGGAGGAGAUUCGACAUCAAACCGUUCAGCCUGCCUCCUGCUGAAGGGGACCAGGAGGCACAGGAAGCGGCAGUUUCAGGUGGAAUGCCCAAGAAAUCGGACCUCGAAUUCUGA